CCUUGCACGGAGAGGAUAUUAGCACAGCUCCUCCUCACUAAGAAAUGGCAUCCGCUCAGCCACACGCCACGAGUUGGCGAGCACGAGCCCCGAAGAGGCCUCCCAUGACCCUCAGAAAACUUAGUCAUUCACGACUGACUUCCCUACUCACUGGUGUCCUCAAUCACCCUUCAGUAUGUCACAAGAGCUUGGCCAAUGUAGGUUCCUUGCUUCGCUCCUGCCUGCCACUCGGAACUCUCACAGCACUUCUGAGGGAUGUGACCUCCGCACAAGACCUCGCCAUCAAUCCUGAGCUUACUGUGAAUCUUCUAAGGCUUAACCUGAAUGCCGAUGUCUCCCACGUGGAAAUCAAGGGACGGGGCAUGGAAGCAAAUAGCUUGCUUGAACGAGAAUGUGAGACUUUCAUGAAGGAACUAGAAGUAAUGAAGGAACUCCGGCUGGAGAGUCUUUUGUUGGAAGGCUUGGCACUUAAACCUGGCCUCCUUUCAUGUAUAUUGAAGAAAGCCCCACUUCUCCGGUCACUACAGUUAUCUGGCAGUCUAGCAGAAGCAGCUCUGGAUCACCUGAGUCACAACACAUGUGAGCUUCACACCCUGCAUCUUCAUUCUUGCACUGUGACUGACGAAGAGAUUGCCAGUGCUCUCCUGUGGCCAGUUCGGAAGCUCAGCAACAUGGCAGAUGUGCUAUGUUCGGACGAAGACUUGUCAAAGCCUGGUCGAGUGCGAGCGUCAACUCUGAGGGAAGUGACAGUCAUAUCGCCCGCGCUGACAAUAGGUGGCGCAAUGGUGUUGCUGCGCGCCCUUCCCCACCUGUGUUGCCUUCAUUACACUUGGCUGGUUCCGGUGUGCGAGUCACUUCGUAUCUUGCAGCAGCUGUGUCCUUCAGUGACCUCCUACGCUAUCUCCCACCUCGAUCUGUCGCUGGUUGCAGGAAAUGUGUUAGAAAGCGUGGCAUCACUGUGUCCCAGCCUCCGCAAUCUGCAGAUAGAAGGGUGCGAGCCUAGUGUUGUCAAUCUUGAUGCGCUAGCGGGCUUCACUAAGCUGACCUCUCUCACCCUGCGACUAGUGCCCGAGUCCUUCAUUGUUUCAGCUGUAAAGGCGGUGGGCCACAACCUCCUUAAGCUGCGGGUGGAAUACGAGGAAUGCGUUUAUAAACUGUUCUCGUUCGCAGCGCUAAAAGUCCUUCAAGAACAUUGCCGCGAUUUACAAAGCCUCGAACUUAUCUCAGUGUGUCUGUCUGGAGAACCGCGUCCUCGCCAGCGAUCCAAGCUCAUUGUCCCUGCCUUCCCUGAGCUCACCCACCUAGUAGUGGAAGGAGCAGCGUCUUCACCCGACGUGCUAGCGAGCCUGAUCAGCCGCAAUAGGACCUUGGAACACAUGAGCCUGGCAGUGAAUCGGGACGUGCUCACGGAUCAGGUAGUUAGCACUCUUCUCUCCCAGAACGACCUGCACCACUUGGCCACGCUACACCUUGGAGCUGGUAACCUGUCACCUGCAGGCCUUAUCUCGCUCCUCACGCUUCCCUCCUUGGCGAGCCUCUCCCUCGACCUGAAGAGGUUUCCCUUCAUCCCUGAGUCAACCUUUGUGGCCCUACAAGAUGACCUCAUAAGUAGCAAUUGUUUGUGCCGCCUUGACAGGUCAGCCGUGGAAUAGUGUUGCCAGUGGCUUGUGAUUAUGGGAGUAAGAAACUAGCCCCUUGGGACAGUAGUAAAUAGUACUGUAGAUAGUUAGUGGUAGACAAAGUAGUGUUGUGUUCAUUGAAAUGUAACUAUAGUAUCAACAUACCUUCACUAUCACAAAUGUCAUUUUCAUUUGUAAAUUGUUGUUUCAUAUUGUAGAUAAUCAGCGUUAGUCUAAGUUGUAACUCAUGCAUUCAUAUCUGAUAUGGUGUUUGCACAAUUAGUAACCAUUUGCAAACUUGUCUGUAAUUCAGUAUUUGCAGUUGUUAUAAGUGCUUAUGCUUCCAUUGUGAAUGUUGGGAAAUCUUAAUCUAUUUAAAAAUUAAGAAAUAAACUUGACUGGUAAU